AUGUUUGUCUUAGGGUCAGCCCUUGACUCUACACUUGAGUCUCACUGUUCCUUUCACAACACUUCCAGAGAGAGAGAGAGAGAUCAGGAGAAUGGCGACGGCGAUUAUACGCUCAGCUCUUUCCCGAGCAGCGAUCACCGCAGCUCCGAAGACAUCCCUUGCCCCCAAGCGAAGAUUCUCAUCUUCUGCCGGCCUUGACGAUGCUUAUGAAUCUGGAAAGUGGGAGAGCAUAACAUACUUGGGCAUUUUCAGUUGCACUCUUAUAGCCGCCUAUGUUCUAUCCAAGGGUCAUCAACACGGCGAGGAUCCUCCUACGUAUCCUUAUAUGCACAUCCGUAACAAGGAGUUUCCUUGGGGUCCAGACGGUCUGUUUGAGGUGAAGCACAACGAAGGGCACUGAGAUGUUGCGUCUUUGCAAUAGUCUCGUCUUAGUUCACUUGUUAGGACUUAAUAUGCUUUAUCGGAUUUGUUUUAUAACUUUUGUCAGAUAUUUGCUAUUCUAAUCUCCUUUCAUGUGCUGGAAUAUAAGAAUAUGCUACUUUGUUUUGUGUCAUCAUUAAAGACUCUGAUUCAAUCUCAGUAAACAAGAUAUUGAUGCAGAA